UCGGAUGUUUUGUUCGGAUUGGCAAUAGCAAAACAAAGUCAUUUGGCCAAGAACUUUCCCUUAAGCUUCAGAUAUCACGGCGAACUUUCAAACAGUCAUUUCCCUUCCACUGAUUCACCCACCUGAACUAGAAAUAAAAGAGACCAGUGAAAGCGUCUCAUCUGUUUGGUAUUGUACUGUAAGAGUAGGAUCUCAAUACUGUUGAAAGGCUAAGAGACAUAUGUUAUGAAAAUCUUUGAAACUGCUUGUUAUACCAACAUGUUAUACUGGUUUUGCUGAUAAGUGGGAAUAAAGCCUUGGAAAUGCAUAAAUAGGGAGCUCUGGACCGAGACUGUUGACUCAUUGGAAACCUGGACGAUUGCAUAGAGCUCAGGAGGAAGACACAGAGGCCUAUACUCUUUACCAGCAAUGAAGAUAUUGGGAAUCGUGGUUGCAGUCUCAUUGAUCCAUAUGAUACCAGAGGACUUCUUACCUCAGCUCUACACAAUUGGCACUCAUUACCAGAUAGGGAACAGUGUGGGCAGGACAUUCCGAAGGGUGAUUCAGGAGUUUUAUAAUCAGAGUUCCUCCUUGGCAGAAGUCACAAAGUUCAUACAAACAGACACAGGGAAAAGUUAUUACAAUGGGUACUUGGAGACUGUGUGGAAAGUGUUUCCAGAGUACGUCAAUGAGUUAACCGGCCUAACAGAUGGAGCGGGGGUCAGUUUCACUGAGGCCUUUUCGUCGAUGAUCACACCUGAGAUGCAGGCAGUGAUGAAGGUAAAGGGGGCCCAGUCCUGUAGCGAUGUGUACGUGGCGGACCAACAGAUCGCCAUCGGUCACAACGAAGACUCACCGGAACUGGUUGUUAAAGGGAGGAUAUUCAUGGUGCAUGCAACUAUUGUGGAUCAGGAUGACAGCAUUGUGGAGCAAUUUUCAUCACUUACUCUUCCAGGUUUACUUUCUGGAAGUGCGUUCAGUUUCAAUGGAGACGGCAAAGUUUUCACCUUUAAUUCACUUUCUCCUGCGACUGUUGAAGCUGACAAAAUACCUCGUUACUUCAUGAACAGAGCUACAUUGGGCGUGAAGUCACAGAAGGACCUCGAGGAUCUACUGCAUGGUCUGGGUGUUGGGGCGGCAUAUGGCUUCAAUUUGAACUAUGCAGAUAUCAGAAACAAUUCUGGUUUUCUCACAAACUAUGAGGUUUCCCCGAUUUCUGGAGCUGCACGGAAUCUUGUAACCAAGACAAUAGUUGCCAGGCAGGCAGUCCCAGGAGUGGACAUUACAGGACAUUUCUUUCACUUCAAUAUGUAUGAACGCACAAACAUCACACAACUAGGAAUGGAUAUUGUCUCUUCACAACAUCGGAAAGCUCGUGCCCAAACGCUUCCACCUCCUGUUAAUGUUCUGGGUAUCAGACGGAUACUUGGAGAUGAAGGGGACAGUCAGUAUCCCCUCUACCGUACACCAAGACCCUCAGAUGCAUUCCAUACCACAAUCACAGGUAUUUUUGUGCUCGACGACUGUGUCCUCAUGAUGUACACGAGCAACCCUUGGACAACACCACGUCCCAUCUCAACUAUCAACCUACCAACAGGAGUUAUGUGUCGGAAAAAACACUAAGUGCAGUGUUCGGCCACACGUGUUUCGGCCCCCUAUGUGCUUAAUUCGUUAAUCUUUCUUUUACUUGUGUUGAACUGUUCUCUGUCAAAAUGGACGGCACACCUCAGCCAAUUGUACUCUGGCGCCAUCCUGAAUCUCAUGUUGCCUUCACUGCGCUGUUUACAUUCAGCAGACCACAUCAUGCAAAACUACUUCUGGAAAUUCUCUACAAAACAGAGGACCGGAGAUAAUCUCGUGAAACUGAGUGAAUUGUUUUGUAAAUCUAAUUGAAUUGUAAUGUAAAUCUAAUUGAAACGUCAUGUAAAUCUGAUUGAAUUGUCAUGUAAAUCUGAUGAAUUGUCAUGUAAAUCUUAUUCAAUUGUCAUGUAAAUCUGAUUGAAUUGUCGUGUAAAUCUGAUGAAUUGUCAUGUAAAUCUUAUUCAAUUGUCAUGUAAAUCUUAUUCAAUUGUCAUGUAAAUCUUAUUCAAUUGUCAUGCAAAUCUGAUUGAAUUUUAUAUCCAGGCAACAACUGACUUGAUUUGGAAGAAGAAUGUGGUGCCGAUGCAACUGAUUUACACAGGUCCGUAAGUGUUGGCGCAGAUUAGGAAUAACACAGUUUGGUGUAACACAGACCAGAGGUCCAUCUGGGAUUCUAACCCACACUCUCAGAGAGACUCACCUCAUGUACACUUCCAUGGGACGACGAUGCCAGUCAGUUAUGACCUUGACCUUGAAAUCUACUGUUACAUGUGGGUCAUAUUGAACCUGGGUUAAUAGAAAUGAUGUGUGCGAAUAUUGAACAAUCAAUUACCAUCUGUUGAUUAUUUAUAUGACAUAU